AUGGAAAGAAAAUUUGCUGCUCAGCCCGAAUUCAAAGAUUUAUACUCCGAAUUUAUGGAUGACUACAUCAAAUCAGGUCACAUGAGUGCAUGUGAGCAACCCCUUUCUGGUGAAUGUUACUAUUUACCCCAUCAUGGAGUAUUUAAGGAGAAUCCCCCUAAUUCCAAAAUACGAGUCGUAUUUGAUGGUAGUUCCAAAACAAAUAAUGGCGUCUCCCUAAACGAUAUCCUCAUGCCUGGCCCUAAGUUGCAGAAUGAUAUUAGUGAUGUCUUGCUGUACUUUAGGUGUCACAAGUUUGUGUUCACUUGUGAUAUACGACAGAUGUAUCGCCAGAUUCUGGUGGCUGAAGAUGACAAGAAAUAUCAGUUAAUCUUUUGGCGAUCCAACCCUGAUGAAUCCCUUCAAGUCUUAAAGCUAAAUACCGUCACCUACGGUCUCAACUGUUCCCCGUUCAUUGCGAUCAGAACAUUACAACAAUUGGUCAAAGAUGAGGGUCACUCAUACCCCAAGGCGUCUGAGAUUCUAACUAAAUCAAUAUUUUAUGACGACAUCAUCGCUGGAGCAGAAAGUCUUGAUGAAGCUUUGUCUGCACAGAAUGAACUCAAGAACUUGCUCGCUAGAGGAGGUUUUGAACUCCGAAAAUGGAUUAGCAACGCACCCCAACUAUUGGACCAAGUCCCAAUUGAACAUAAAGAGACUCCAGUGGAGUUAACUGAAAAUAGUGAAGCCUUCUUCAGUGUCCUAGGUCUAAAAUGGACCCCAGAGUCCGACAUGCUUUCUUACAAGGUUAAGGAUGUUGAAAUAAGUGCUAUACUUACAAAGAGAAGAAUAUUGUCUACAAUCGCUAAACUGUACGAUUUACCAGGAUUUCUUACACCAGUAAUUUUCUGGGCAAAAACACUUAUUCAGUAUCUCUGGACAACAGGGCUAACUUGGGAUGAACCUGUUCCAAAUGAUGUUAGAACCAAGUGGCAUUCAUUCUUAGAAGAACUCCCAAUAAUUCAAGAAUUAAGAAUUUCACGCUACAUUUCUACUUCUCUGCAUACGGCUGUGCAACUCCACGGCUUCAGCGAUGCUUCAGAGAAAGGCUACGCUGCUGUUGUCUACCUUCGUGUCACUGACUCUCAAGAGAAUACAAGGCUCUAUCUCAUCGUCUCUAAAUCAAAAGUCGCUCCUUUGAAAAGAAUUUCUCUGCCACGGCUUGAACUUUGUGGCGCUCACUUACUGGGAAAACUUCUUCAAUAUUCUUCAAACAUACUCUCUGCUCAUAUGAAGAUUGAAUCAAUCUAUGCUUGGUGUGACUCCACAAUUGUCCUAACCUGGAUACGUACUCUUCCAUACCGCUUGAAAGUCUUCAUUGCCAAUCGUAUUUCAGAACUCCAAGCAUUGGUCUCUCCUCACUCAUGGAAUUAUGUCAAAUCUCAAGACAACCCGGCAGAUUGCGCCACUCGUGGUCUUUCACCCUCUCAACUUGUGACUCAUCAUUUAUGGUGGAAUGGACCGGAAUGGUUACAGUCAUCGUCAGAUUCUUGGCCCAAGCCAAAAUUCACACCUGUUAUUGAUGAUGACACUCUUGAAAUAAGGCCAAAUCCUCUAAACGUUCUAGCAACCACAGAGAAGAUUAAACUCACUGAUUUUGAUGUACUAGAAAAAUAUUCAUGUUUCAGGAAACUUGUGGAGGCUGUACUAAACUCGAGACCCUUAACAGCGUUAUCCGCUGAUCCAUCUGACAUCUCAGCCCUUACUCCGGGUCAUUUUCUUAUCGGCACUUCUCUUGUGGCAGUACCGGAACCAAAUCUUGAAGAGGUUCCCGAAAAUCGUCUCAAUCAUUGGCAAACUGUACAAGCCCUACAUCAACGCUUCUGGCGACGUUGGCAUCAGGAAUAUUUACAUCAGCUACAACAAAGAAAGAAAUGGGAAAAGCCCAACAAGAAUCUAGAAGUGGGUGAUCUCGUUAUAAUUCAGGACCCUAGAACACCACCACUACUUUGGCCUCUUGGACGCAUAGUGAAGACUUCGCCUGGAUCAGAUGGCAUCGUCCGAGUUGUCACCAUCAAGACUCAGCGGGGAACCUUCUGUCGUCCUGCUACCAAGGUGUACCCGCUCCCCUGA